UUUCCGAGUACACGAGUAGUGCUUAACCAUGUCAUGCUAACUUACGCAUACGCCUUCAUGUCUUCUUGCUAGCUUCAAAAUUCAAAGGUUUGUGUGUAAAGCUAACUUCUCUCUCACACACUCUCUCAAACGAUUCUGAUGUAUCGACGGUACGAUAAGCCACCGCCACUGGCUGUUUCCUCCAAGGAGAAUAAGAAGAAGAAGCAUUUCGCCAACCACACAGCUCCCAACACUCCCGGAAACCACGAGAGGACUCAAGCCAGUCCAACGCUAUCGACAGCUCGAUCUCACGAACCGUUCAUCGACUCCUCCGAUGGUAAGCUCAGCUACGAAAUCUUCUCCAUUCUCGAGAGCAAGUUCCUCUUCGGUUACGAAGACCCGAGGCUAUCGUGGAUCCCUCGUAGUCCGUUACGACCCGGUGCUGAUUCUUCCGACGCUGGACCUUCUCCGAGAUCGCCGUUGACUCCAAACGGCGUCGUUCUCCCCGGGACUCCGUCUUCGUUCAGGAGCCCGAGAGGGAGAAUCUGCGUGCUGAGCAUCGACGGCGGCGGGAUGAGAGGUCUUUUGGCGGGAAAAUCUCUGAUCUAUCUUGAGCAGAUGCUGAAGGAGAAAUCCGGCGAUCCAAACGCUCGGAUCGCGGAUUACUUCGACGUCGCCGCCGGAUCAGGUAUCGGAGGGGUGUUCUCGGCGAUGAUGUUCGCGACUAGAGACGGUAACCGCCCGAUGUUCAAGGCGGAUGACACGUGGAAGUUCCUAGUGGACAACGCGGAGAGUUUCUACAGAUCAGGCGGAGGAGGAGGAGGCGGCGGAGCAGGAGCGGCGAUCAAACGCGUCAUGAGAUCCGGAUCCUCCUCGUCUUCUUCCGUUUCCGCCGCGACGGCGAAGCUCGAGAAAGCGAUGAAAGCGUCGUUCGCUGAUCUGACGCUUAAAGACACUUUGAAACCGAUUCUCAUCUCUUGCUACGAUCUCUCCAGCACGGCGCCGCUUCUGUUCUCACGCGCCGACGCGCUGGAGAGCGACAGUUUCGAUUUCCGUCUCCGAGAUAUCUGCCGCGCCACGUGGGCGGAGCCGGGGACGUUCGAUCCGGUUCGCACGUCCUCCGUCGAUGGAAAAACGCGGUGCGUUGCGGUUGGAGGUGGGCUCGCGAUGAGUAAUCCGACGGCGGCGGCGAUAACGCACGUGUUUCAUAACAAACAGGAGUUUCCGGCGGUUAAGGGAGUGGAGGAUAUGUUGGUGUUGUCGCUUGGGACUGGUCAGCUUUUCGAAGUGAAUUAUGAUUAUGAGCAAGUUAAAAACUGGCGGGUAAAAGAAUGGGCCAGGCCCAUGGCGAGGAUCUCUGGUGAUGGUUCUGCUGAGUUUGUUGAUCAAGCUGUUGCUAUGGGCUUUGGGCCUUACCGUAGCAGUAACUACGUUCGCAUUCAGCAGGCAAACGGAUCGAGGUUAGGAGCUUGUGGGCCGAACGUGGACACGGAUCCAAGAGCAGAGAAUGUAAAGAAACUGACGGAGAUAGCUGAUGAGAUGUUGAAGCAGAACAAUGUUGAAUCGGUUUUGUUCGGUGGCAAAAGGAUCGGUGAAAUGAGUAAUUCGGAUAAACUAGAGUGGUUCGCAAGCGAGCUUGUGAUAGAGCAGCAAAGACGAAGUGUUAGCGCGUCACCAACCGUGACGUUAAAGCAAGCUGUGUCCAAAACCAACCGCAACGCUAUAAACGCAACUCUCACUCUCAUAUCUAAAGAAAGGUGAAAAAACUACUUGUAAAGGAGGCUUAUUUUUGUGCUUCUUCGUUUUUUUUUUUUUUUGCUUUUCUUUUGCUUCAACGUUGAGAUUUUUAUGUCUGCCAUUUACAUAAGAAAGUACAUUUACAGAAAUACAAAUAACAAAAGAAUUAUCUUGUGAC